UAGUGGAUGGAAACUCGCAGCCUGUGGGGUGAGUUCGACUGGCAGGACUACAGCUGGAGGUCUAGGCGCAGGAGAGACUGCUGCAGCUGCAGCUCGGAGUAUCUUCGGUCCCGUUCUUACUUCACUACCACUGUGAUUAUCGACCGCAGCUCGAUGGCGCCCGGGACGUCGUCCAUGCUGCGGGCACGUCGGAGAGACGUGAACGUCAAGCCCAACCGAGUGUUGGACCGCAACUCUUCUCGUGGCAUGAUCUACGAGAACGAGGAGUUGCGACUGCGGACCAUCAACAUCAACGCAGAAGUCGAGAAAGGACACAGUGACAUCAAAAAGCUUCGUUUGGAGAAUGAUCGGCUGCGGCGGGAGAUCUGGAACCUGAGAGAUGAGUAUGACAGGUUGGAAGCACUCUAUAAAGCUAAACAGUUGUCCAUGGAUACUGAGGAAGAGGAGUUGGAGUCUGAGGAUCAAGAGGCCGAAGGAGAGGGAGAGCCUCAACCAGAAGACCGGGACGAGACAGCUGAAGACAACAUAGCUAACCAGAGGAAGGACGGUGAUGUGCUAAGUGUGGUUGAGGAGGAGCCAGAAGAUCUUUCAGACAAUGGGGAGGACCAUCGACAAAGGACCGUUAGUUUCAAGGACGAGAACCUGACUGUCCCGGGUAAGUCCCAACAGUCGGAGGAUGUGGAGACACUUCCUUGCUGGCCUGACGACUCCUACAUCCCGGGACCUCAGAUUCCCGUGCCCCGCAACCCGUUCCCGGGACUGGAGACUCUCCUCAGGAAUGUCACCGCCGCCGAACAACAGGACCAGGUGCUGACUCCUGGCGGCUCAGAGGUGGUGACCACGGCUAUUCUGCAGAGGCGGCAGUCCUACACCCACAGUGGGGAUCCGACCAAGGACACCUUCACAUGUGCCACCAGCCAGCACACCACCACCACCUCCGGGAGCUACCCGUGUCCGGACUUCCCCGCCACCGAUCCUCCACAGUGGACGUCCCAGUGUGAGGCUUACAACGGUCCUGCCCCGAGCUUUCUGCGACUCAACUGCGUCCAGCCCUUCACACUGGUCUUCCCGGUCGUCGACUCUCAGCUGAGCAAUCUUUCAGUGCAGGAGGUGAUAGACGCGCUGUCAGACCAGUUGAAUGCCCAGCUGAUGCACUCUCUGCGGGGUGUCCGACUAGUAGGCGGCAGCUGUUACCUCAGUUUCUCGGCUCAGCAAGACGCUGAUACCGUCCUCAGCACACCUCUGAGUCUGAGAGGAGUUCCAAUUAGUCUGGAAGACGCGUCUGCCGGAACCACUAUUCUCUCACUAUCCGGUGUUCCUCAUGACGUCACAGAUGACGCUGUGGCCACUGUCCUGUCUCACUUUGGUUCUCUAGUAGGACCUGUGGAACGCCGCGUGUACAAAGGAGUGGACACGGGUGAGAGACUUGUCAGGAUAAGGGCGCGGCUGACGAUACCACGGUGGAUCUGGCUGGACGGCUGCAGGGUAUGUCUCAAGGUUCUGCGGAAUGAGGAAAUCUCAAACCUAUCUCUCGCCAGAAGAAAGUCAUUUCGGUCUCACAUUAGUGUCCAGUUGAAGCCUGUGUCAGAGGAUACUCCUCCUAUUCCCCCACUCCCUACUUCCGCACAGGCCACAUUGUCUCCUAGGGUGUCCCUCGCCAACACCAACCCCUUCACGUGCGGCUCAGUCCCCUCCAUCCCUGUAGUCCCGAACACUACGGAGAGCCAGGUCUCCUACAUGAGCAAUGUCAGCGCAUCCACUCCCAACAUCUUCCAAGAAUCGCCUUUCCUGUUUCCAUCGCCGUUCCAGACGACAGAGCCUCCGGGUCUGAGGAGGAUCAACAGUGUGAUGGGCACCAUGUCACUGGGCGGUUCACCGGACAUUACCAGAUGCGCCAGUUCUCCUCCCACUGCCAGGAUCGCUACUUCGGAGGGUGAGGCACUCGGCCCAAACAGUGUUCCUCCCUCACCAAACACCGCGAGGAGAACGGUGCGGAAACCCUCUCGAAAGAUAUCGAAGAUGAGUGCGGAGUCCAGGAAAGCGAACUGUGAGACGUCAUCUUCAGAUCAAGACUCACCUCAUAAGCUGGGUAGAAGAAGACCUUCCUCGGUUUACUUCAAACACAAAUCUGGAGGCAUCCUGAGUAGAACCACGUCCGACCACGACGGUACUGGUUAUGAUGCUACCAGUGAGAGGGAGAGGAGUAACAGUGAUCUGAGUAGUAGGAUAAGUAUUUGUAGGAGGAAGAUGAGUACUACUGGGAGAGAGAGUGGUAAAGUGCCUUGGUGUGGCUGCUGGGGUAAUGGCUGCAUUUAGUUCAUUCUACAAUACAGUAAUCUAGUCUUUAUUCGUAGUUUAAGGGAAUUCAUUCAAUAACAUUUAUAGUGAACUAAAAUAAUAAUUUUUGACAGCAAUAUUGUAAUUUAAAAAAUAUGUAUAUCUGUUUGACAGAGAAUUUCAAAAUUUAAUUAGUUAUGUUACAGUUUUAGACCUGAUGCAUUCAAUAUUGUAUUUAUUUAAAACUGAAAUGUCAACCAUUGAACAUUUAAUGUAUGGAACUAGAACAAAUAUUUUAUACCUAACAGACAGCAAGUUUAAUGAUAUAUCUCUAUAUCAUUUAACAGUACAACACUAGCGCCAUUUCUUGCUAUUCUUACAACUAACCACAUGAUCAUUUACUCUAAAGUAUUAAAACUACUCUUACAUGUUAGCAUGAACUAUUUUGACUAGUUGAUACAAAACGAAAUAAUCCUCAUUCAUUUAAGAAGAGGAAAUAGUGGAAGUUGUAGCUGGCUGCAGAAUUGGGACAGUGUGAAACAAAAAUACAGUGCUUAGGAAGUACAAUCUAAGAGCUAAGAAAAGCUUAAAAAAAGAACUGAUCAUGACAUAAAGUAAAUUAGACAUAAAUGACGUAUUUACCUAGUUACACCAGCUACUAAAAACCCUCUCUCGCCUAAAGUUAAAGUAGACAGGUGGAAUGAUAAAAAAACUUUUACUAUCUCCCAUUGAAUGUUAAAAUGUUCUACACUAAUGCUAUUGCUAAGAUUGUAUUAGAAAUUAAUUUUUAAUUAUAUUUCAACUAAAAAGUUCUUAAACUAAGUUACUGACAAUUUUGAUCAAAAUGUAUAAAAUUAAUUAUUGUUAUAUGACAUGAGUAAGCUUUAAAACUGAUUUAUUUGUCUGUCCACAUCAUUUAUCGGUCUUGUAAACACUGCCAAAUAAUAAAGCCAAAUGGAUUCCGUAUAACUUCAUUUCAAAUCAACACUUAUCGCACUUCUCAUUUUUAUACGAAAAAUAGUUGUGACAUUUUAUCUUUUCUUUUCUUUUUAGUUUGAAGUUAUUCGCUUACCUUUACCAUCAUCGUUUUGAUAAGAAUGUGAAAAGCUCUUUAGGACAUAAAUACGUAUAAGUAUACAAAGUACAAUAAACUUUGACAUUCGAGACCAGUUUUAACAAAUUGGGUUUUAUAUGAAGACCAAAAAUGAGUAUGUAUCAACCGAAUCAAUUACUCUACCCUACGCUUCUUCCAUCACUCUCACAUAAAUGAAUAUAAAAAGAUUGAACUGGUAGUGAAUGGGAAUUUAAAUAAUAAUGUUUUCUUUGCAUGAAAGAACGGUUUCUCGUCCUUAUGAUGUACCUAUGGUUACUCCAGGAUGAGAGCCUGGAAAUAAAAAAUCUAUUUCAAUUCUGAUUUAUUUUUUCAAAUUAAGGUAAUUCAGGUGUCCUUAAAUGUUUCAACCUGAUACAAUAUCUUAGAUAACCAAUAUAUUUACAAAUAGUUAUAAGGACUACUAACUUUAUCUAAUAAAUUUAUAUAAUAUGUAAUAAAUUCGUGUUUAAUAUUUUACUCCACUAAUAUAUAUUGUUAUAAAAUUAAUGUGGUAUAUUUUAUUUAUAUUUCAUUUUGUGAAAAAAAUCAUUUUUGUACUGUAUUUAUGAAAAAAAAAACCAUAGUGAUAUAACAAAGUUGUCUUUUCUAACACUAUUUUUCAAAUUGUGCUUUGAGUAUUUACAUGAUUUGUUUGACAUUGAGUUUAACAAUUUAUGAACAGAUGACUGUUCAUUUGUAAUAUUUAAGUAAAUAUAAAUUACAGAUUUGCUAACAGAAAACAGACUUUUCCCAUUUUAUCAGUAUCGUCUCUUUCUAUCGACUUCUAUUUUUCCUCUCAUAUUGAAUGAGCGUUAGCGAAGAUGAUAAUCCAUUAUUAUUCCUCGAUGGGCAAGAAAAAUCUUGAGAUCGAACUGACCUUUAGACUUGACAUUUUUCACGAAGAUAAAAUUUAUUUAUAGGCAACACUGAGUACAAUGAUAAUGCAUACACUCUAGAUUUCUUCUCCGUAUGAAAUAUUUUCCGUCAGUAUGUCUAUCUGUAGUAAAUCUCUAGAAUUAAUUAAACUACUCGUAAAAACUUGCUAAGUUACAUGCAACUUCAGUGAAGCCUGUUACGUUACAUGUAGUCUUGCCACUUUGUAAUAUUGUGAUACUGGAGAAACAAACAAUUUCAACAAUACUCAAUAUUAAUGCACAAAUUGGAUAAUACAUCCUGUUCAAUCAAUCAUCUAAAAGAUCUUUCAAGCCUAAAAUACUCCUUUAUAUGCCAAUUACGUUCUUAUUUGCAUUAAUACACGCAACACAAAUUCAUUUAUUCAACUUACUUUUUAUUAGCAAUCUUUUCCUUGAUCAUUAAAUUUGUGUAAUAACAUUGUAUUCUUUAUUUUUUAGAACAUUUACCAAACUAUAUUAACGAUUUCUGAACCAAUUUAUUAGCCAUUAGCAUUAUUGUAUUAGUUAAAAACGUGGAAUUGUUAUUUGUUUGAAACUGUCUCGAACUUUUCUUUACAACACCUCGUUGACUUCAUUUGAUUUAUCUUUUACAAUUUAAGUUACAAAAUCAUAUACUUUAACGUGCAGUAUUAUAGUGUAAGUAUCAUAUGUUUCCACAGGCUGUGCAAUGCUAGGGUAUACCGUACAAUUUGUAACUCAAAGUGUAUUUGUAAUUGAAGUAUAGUAGAAAUAAAAGUUUAACAUUACUCGA